AUGCUUCCAUUUUCGGGAGAGCAACAGCGUCUGUCCGCGCACACAGUGACCCUUCUAACACUGUGCUUCACGACCAUCUUAAGAUUGGCAAAGCCAUCAACCAACGGGUUCAACGAAGCCAAAAUAACACAGCUAUGCGGCACGGCCAUGGCAAUACAGGAUACAGCGGCAGUCGCAAUCGGCCGCCUGCAGAAGCUACACAGGCAAGAGCAGGCGGCGGCCGAAGCCCGAAACAAAUUGCUUCUGGCUGCUCUAGUGGUACCCACUGUAAACGAUACAAUUCUGUUCACAGCAGCGGCUCGAGCAGCAGAGAACUGCCGAGUAGAUGCAACAACCAAAGCAGCAGGAAACGUAGCAGCGGGUGUGACGGCGGCAGCAAACGGUGCCCACGUGGCAGGCCGACUAACGGAGCUAGUGGCGAUACUUCAAGCUACCACAAAGAGCGACACGGCGCGAAAGUGCAUAACACAGGCCAAUACAAGAACCACGAAACUAACAUCGCCAGCAGAAUUCGGAUGCCCGACAACGAUAACGGACGAAUACGCACCGAAGCUAAACCUAGACAGCAGCGAAAUAACUAACAAAGGAUUAGCGAAAUACUCUGGGCCGACGCAACUGCAAGACGCCACAGGAAACAACGUCUGCGCCUUUAUGCUGGGAUCCAACGCGGACAACACGGCGCUAUGGCAGUACAGCGGCAGCGCUACCCCAGCCACGGUAGGCGCAGACCUAAUCACAGUAUCACCCCACACAGGUUCAGGAGCGACAGCAACAAUAGCAGUGGCAAAUGCACUAGGCACAGACUACCAAGCACCCGACUCCGCCACGGCAGCCAAAAAGCUCUUCACCGCCAUCGGCAAAGUAAUGAAACUUCCCGAGAGCACAUGCCCAGAAACAACAGAAAAGGCAAUAUCAGAAGCCCUUACAACAACCACCAUAAAAGCCGAAGUCAAAGAUUUACUCAUAAAGCUCGGCAAAGUCACUAACACUAUGGCCGAUCAAGCAGCCAGAAGCUUGAUAGGACAGGCAGUCAAAGACGAUAACGCCGCCUCGACCGCACGAGUCAACCAAGUGAAUAAGCUAAAGGUGAAAAAAAUAGAUGGCGGAAAACCCAAAGAAGUUAAGAUCGAAACACUAACAGACCCACCAGAAAUAACAACCGCGCUAUUAAUCGCCAUCCCCGAACUAAAAGCUAAGGCGGAUAGAACAGUCGCGUCAGAACCAGCAAAAGACUGCUCUACCAAUGGGGGAAUACAAGAGGAAAACAAAGAAUGCAGUAAAAAAACAGGAGACGAUUGCAAAGAUGGCUGCAAACUCACCGGCGAGGGAGAAAAUAAAAAGUGCGUAAAGGAUACGUAUUUUGUCAAAAAGGAAGUAGAGGGAGGAGAGAAAGAUAGCAAAACCGGAACCACAAACACCACAGGAAGCAAUUCUUUUGUCAUUCACAAGGUGCCUCUAUUGCUUGCAUUUUUGCUCGAUUUUAUAAAUUUAUGA